AUGCUUCCAAGGACUAUAGAUAUACUUAAGAAGUUCGCCACGUUCGUGGGUCCCGGCAUCAUGGUCAGUGUGGCCUACAUGGAUCCCGGUAAUUACUCUACCAGUGUCUCUGGUGGUGCUCAGUACAAAUAUAAGCUACUGUUCUCCAUAUUUGUGUCUAAUAUCUUUGCAGUUCUUCUACAAUGCCUUUGUGUUAAGUUAGGGACUGUGACAGGCUAUGACUUAGCGGAGAAUUGUCGCAGAAACCUUCCAAAGAAGGUGAACUAUGUGCUAUAUUUCUUUGCUGAGAUCGCUAUCAUUGCAACAGAUCUGGCCGAAGUGGUGGGUACGGCUAUUGCUCUACAGAUAUUGUUCAAUAUACCCCUAACAUUAGGUGUGAUCCUGACUGUGCUUGAUGUGCUGCUAAUAUUGAUGUUCUACAGACCAGAUGGCCAGUCCAUGAAGAAAGUAAGGAUGUUUGAAUUGUUUGUGGGUGUUCUGGUCAUCUGCACAGUGUUAUGCUUUGUACUUGAGUUGUUCAAAAUCAAUAUCCCAAACAAGAGAGAAUUAUUCGAGGGCUUUAUGCCAACAUCAAUAAUUUUCAAAGAAAAGCAAGCUUUAUACAUAUCUCUAGGUAUAUUAGGUGCUACCGUUAUGCCACAUUCUCUUUACUUGGGAUCCUCCUUGGUUAAACCAAGACUUUACGACUACGACAUCAAGAAAUAUGGUAAAGUCGGAUCUUCACCAAGUCUAAGUGCUAUCAAAUACUCUUUGAACUACUCUUACGCUGAAUUAAUUAUUUCCUUGUUCCUAAUAGCCACAUUUGUUAACUCAGCUAUUCUAAUUGUUGCUGGUGCAACACUAGCUGGUCAGCCUGAAGCUGAAGAUGCUGAUUUAUUGUCUAUUUAUAACUUGCUAGUCCACUACAUCUCACCAGCGGCGGGCCUCAUCUUUGCUGCUGCAAUGUUGUUCUCAGGGCAGUCUGCAGGUAUUAUCUGUACUUUAGCCGGUCAAAUUGUUUCAGAAGGUUUCUUAGAAUGGUCUCUACCCCCAUGGGCUACAAGACUAUGUACAAGAUUGAUCGCUAUCAUCCCUUGUUUGUUUGUUACACUAACACUUGGAGAGCGUGGCAUAUCAAAUAUCCUGAAUUUCUCUCAAGUUGUUUUGUCCCUAAUUCUACCAAUUGUUUCAGCGCCACUUAUCUAUUUCACUGCUAAUAGGUCAAUUAUGACAGUAGAGGAUCAUCACUUACAUGUGGCUGAUAUAAAUGAUGUUGACGAGAGCACACCUUUAAAUUCCAGUGCACAAAGAAAGAAAAAAGAUUUUACCAAUUCUAAAUUAUUAACUGGAGCAGCUGUCUUUGUUUGGGCUUUAAUUGGUGGCUUGAACUGCUAUUUGGUUGGCUCUUGGCUGAACGGUGCAGACGUACACUUCUAA